GGUGACCAAUGUGAUGGUUGCUGAUGUGAAUCAAACUAACACAGUCCCCAAUCCAGAAGGCAACUAUACAGACCCACAGAACCGCACGGGUCUUGGAAAGUUGUCGCAAAGCUUGGAGUUCCUGUACUUGAAGGUGGCACAAUUGGAGACAGCUGUGGAGCUUCAAAGCAUCGAGUAUAGAAUUUCGAAGCAGGCUUUGGAUACGGCACUGGUGAAGAUCCAGCAGCUGGAGGACAAAUUGGACCACAAGGAAGCUCAGUAUCAACAGCUGAGCGCCAAAUUAUCGCAUCAUCAGUCGACAUCCAAACAUGGCGAGGGCGAACUGGAGGAACCUGAGCCAGUGGCUGGCAAUAAACGUUAUAAGGCCUGGAUGGCUGCGGCACCUCGAAGGCAAAAAGAACAUGAAACGCGUAUGGGUCAAAAGGCACAUGAGGUGCUGAAAGAUGUGUUGCUGAAACACCAUCGGCAAAGUGACACCAAGGACUGGCAUCGACCGGCUCCGAAAGCCGCGCGUUCGUCCAAUUCGUCGGCCACGAGCAGCUCCGAAGCGCUGCUGCAGCGCCGCAGCGCGGAGUUGGACAGCACGGUGUCUGCGAAGGGAAUCCCGAUCGUCGAUGACGUUGUUGAUGCAGCCACGGAUGUGGGGGGUGCAGUGGUGGAUGGAGCCAAUGCUGUUGCCGGCGCGGUGACGGAUGGCACCGGUUUGAUUGGAGAUGCACUGACUGAUGCCUACAACCAGGCAGCUGACAAGGUGUCCUUCGUGGCAAAUACUGUGAUCAACACUGUGGAGCAGGCAGUGGCCAUUUUGAUCAACGGCUUCGACUUCAGUGCUGGCUGUCCUCAUUGGGUUUGGCCUUCCCUGGGUGUCAGCAACACUGACAUCACCAUUGGCUUCGGACGACAAAUGUGCGAGGUGGUAUUGGUUGGGCAACGUUUGACGUUGUUCGACUUCAACUGGGGAACACUCACUGUGCCUUUCCCAGCGCCCAUUGCAGCCAUGGUGGCCAUGGGUUCCAAUUUGGUGAAUUGCAUCAGCAGCGGCGGAGCACCUUUCGACAUCUUCAAGUGCGUGGCCGUUACCAUCGGAGAGACCUUGCUCCAGGUGGUUCCUCCCUUCAGCAUUUUGACCCAGCUGGGUUCGAUGCUCUCCGAAUUCCUGGCAUUUUUCGCAGAGUUGGCUUCGGCUGCGAUCACUGCAGCCGUGGGAGAGACCACUUCGCUGGUGCAGGAUGCGGUGAGUCUCCGAAGUUUCCCCAGCAAAGGCGAAGCACCCAAGCUGGUGAGCACACGAAAGGGCCUCACUGCACAUGUGCGCCGCAACGAGCAUCGAAGGAAAGUGUUCAAGUCAUCCAUGAUGCAGACGAAGGCGAAGGAGGAGCCAGACGACACCAUGGGCAGCGGUGCCAUGGGUAUUGCUACCACCGAGGCGAUGCCCUAUGCCACAAUGCUCAUCUCCCAGUUUGGUGGUGAUGAGUACGACACCGGGAGCUGCUUGGGGUUUGCUCCAGCGCAUCGCACUGGCCCUGGCAACACCGUGACGCAGCGUGAUUGGCAAGUGCCCAGCCCUGAGAGCACCGACUUUGUCAAACUGGAGCCCUGGGGUGUUCCUUGCGACAAUCAGUGGGCCAAGGACAAUCCUGGGAAGUGGGAGGGCUACUCCUUCUACACCUAUGAGUCAGUGAUCGAGAAGUGUGUGGCAGUCUCCUACACGAUGUCGGCUCAGCCAGUGCUGGCAUUCGUGGGCGGCUUGGAAUUUGAUCUGAUGCCUUCGCCCUUGGCCGAAAUCAGCACGGAGGUCUGUUGGCCAGAUCGCGUCACCGCCCCGGAUUUGAGCCUCAUUGUCACCACCAUCAGGACUGCUGGCCUCGUGCUGUUCAAGCACACCAUCCGACUGCACAAGCGGUUUGGCACCGACACCGCCUUCCAAGCAGGGAAUAUCAAGGAUGCGAUUGAACGAGGUCGAAACUAUUUUGGAAAAGGCACCAGUGCUGAUGACGACAAAGCUUUGCAAGGCAUGUCACGAACUGCUUUGAAUCAAGUUCAGAACUCAUCUCAGAAGGAGCGCAUGUCAAAGCAUAAGGCCAGAGAAUCUAAGCCUCCCAGUGUGUCGGAUUUUGAAGCUGUAUCAGAAGAGCUCUACUUGGCUUCUGCUCGCUACACCACCAAAGGGGUGAAAAUCACAGAGAGCUUUGAGGGACAUGAAGCUGUGGACCGAGCACGGGCAGCUUUGAAGAAGGACCUCAACGUGUUGCAGGAGGAUGAAAGCAGCACUGCAAAUGACACGGAGAACUCGCAAGCAUUGGGAAACCAUGAGCUCUUUGAGCUUGGAAGUCCCAGUGGUGCUUUGGUCGGCUUCAGCGUCAGGGGCCAACUCUCAAAUGCCGUGAUGCAAUUGAGAGUGAACAUGAAGUUUGGUCCUCUAGAUUCCCCCACGAAGACCAUUGACCUGUUGAAUUUGGUGGAUCAUCUUCGGGUGGUCUUGGCUGCCAUUCCCUUCGUCUCGCAGGCCUCGAAGCAAAAAGCCGUUGAUUCCAUGACCAGCACCAAUAUUGAGACUCAGAUCCCUGCCACCGACGUCAAAGCCAACUUGCCCUUGGAGAACGGCUGGCUAGCGUAUGGCAAUGCCUUUGGCUCACCCUUCUACCGCUUGAAGGAUGGAAUUUGUUCGCUCCAGGGCCUCAUCUCCGGUGGAACCUGGGGUCGCUUGGGCACCCUGCCUGCGGAGUGUCGACCUGGCAAAAAAAUGAUCUUCAGUGCUCUUGUGCAUGGUGCCAGUGCCCGGCUUGACGUGACGGCGGAAGGGAGAGUCAAUUGGGCUGGGGGCAGCAGCAGCAGCUGGAUCACUUUGAGCAAUACACUCUUUGUUCCAGGAAGCACUGGCUGGCCGGUGCCAUUAGUCAACGGUUGGGCUGCAUACGGUGGAGCUUUUGGCGUUCCCUCCUACACGGUGAAAGGGCCCAUCUGCAUUGUCGACGGCCUCGUGUCAGGUGGCACUUGGGGUCACAUUGCUACACUCCCAGAGGAAUGCCGACCGGUUUCGACGCAACUUUUCAACGCGAACAAUCAUGACAGGGUGACACGCUUGGAUGUUACUCCGGCUGGUGCUAUUUCGUAUAUCGAUGGUGGAGCUGAGUAUGGCUGGGUCAGUUUCAGUGGCAUCAUCUUCACCACCGAUGCCACUGCGCAGUCGGCCCUGCCAGUGGCUUCGGGUUGGACCUCGGGGGGUGGCUGGCCUGGCCCAACAUACGCGGUGGCCGAAGGCCUUUGCAUCUUGGAAGGCUUGGUAUGGGGCCUUAAUUGGGGACAUGCCAUUACAUAUCUCCCAGUGGAGUGUUGGCCCAUGCAAACGCUGAUCUUCGGUGCCAACAACGGUGCCGGGGUUAUCCAACGAAUUGAUGUGGAGUCAGAUGGAACGGUGAAGCACGUCAGCGAGGGAGCCACUCCAGCAAACGGCUGGCUCAGCUUGGCCGGCAUUGCCUUUGCCAAAGAAACCUCUGGGGAGCGAAAGAUGCCGCUGAGGAACGGUUGGGUCACCUGGGGUGAUGCCUUUGGAGACGCGACGAUGAACAUGAAGAACGGUCUCCGCUUCAUGGAGGCCAUUGUGCUGAGUGGCUCAACCUGGGAUCUUCUGGCCCAACUGCCUGAGGGCUGCUGGCCAACGAAGCGCCUCAUCUUCACGGCGAACGGGCACGAUGACCAGUUUCGCGUGGAUGUGACAACCAGUGGAGUCAUCACCAUAGUGACUGGUGCCAAUCCUAGUGGAUGGUUGAGCCUCAGCAACAUCAUCUUUGCUCCGGACAGCAUGGGUCAUAUCGCAUUGCCCUUGGUCAACGGGUGGACUGCCUAUGGUGGCGUCUAUGGAACCCCGGACUACACCGUGCGCAACGGGAUGUGCUCAUUGGAGGGCCUCCUUUACAAGUCAGGUUCAUCUCCAAAUCAGCAGCUUGCUUUGCUGCCAGAGGACUGCCGGCCAGGCAGCGGAGUCUUGAUCUUCCAGACUGAUAAUCAUGGCGCAACGGCUCGUGUGGAUGUCUACACCACAGGUGAAGUGUACUGGAUUGCUGGCGGAGCCCAAGAAUGGGUCAGCUUGUCCGGCAUCGUUUUCGCCACUGGGAACGGCGGAGCUAUUGCGUACCCACUAGCUUUGCAGAAUGGUUGGGGAAUCUAUGGCGAUGGCAGUUGGUUUGCACCACCACAAUACUUCCUGAGCGAUGGCAUUUGCUCCUUGCAGGGGCUGAUUUCAGGCGGGACUUGGACGACUUUUUUGACGCUGCCCUCCGACUGUCGCCCCAACAAGGUGGUGAUCUUCGACUUGAAUCAACAUGACGCCAACAUGCGAGUUGAUGUCUACCCCACCGGAGAAGUCAACUAUAUCACCGGCUCAACUGCUCAUGGCUGGGUCAGUCUAAGCGGCAUCAUCUUCGAAGCCGUGUGAGAAGUUUCCUCUUCCUAGGAAUCCCCCAGGAAAUUUAAGAGAAUUUCCAGAGUGGAAGGCUACACGUGUUUUGAAGAAAAA